UUCUGACUGCUGGCCCUCCUGACUGCUGGCCCUGCUGACUGCUCCUGACUGCUGGCCCUCCUGACUGCUGGCCUGGGGACCCAUCAUCACCACGUAAUAACAACACAAUCAGAAGCUUUAUAACAACACAAAUCGUUACAGUUGUGGCUGUAUUGAACAGUUGCACACAAGUGAAAAACAACCUUACAUUUGUGUUUAUAUAUACACAAACAAAAUAACGUCAAGUUCACUAUUCCAGUGGUCAUGUAAUUUGGUAUACAGAUUCCACUGCGACAAAAGACAGGGGCAAAGUUCGGCGCCAAACUAAUCAAGAGUCCAAUAUUGAUUUGUGUGUGUGUGACAUCUCUGGUAUUUGUGUGUAAAGGUUGGCUGUGACGCUGGUCGCUGCCACACAUAUACACUCUUUUCAAAUCAACAGUAAUGUGUUGACAAUGUGCGGAGUCCAUUUGUUCCAUGGAGCCUCCAGUGAUAUCGCCAGAGCUGUCAAGAUUGGUAGCAAGAACGUUGUGGAGAUUACGAAAUCAAAAUGGAUUAGAAAAUACCGCUUCCUGGGUUGCAGAGCACCCACGUGCCUUGGCAAUACCAGAAACUACGCCUUGUCAGCAUCUAGUGUCUUGUCAACACCAGGAACGAAACCCUACCAGCGCCUAAUGUGUCAACACCAGAAACUACACCUUGCCAGCGUUUAGUGUCGUGUCAACUACACUACCAACAGCAGAACUACACCACUACUACCAUCAGAGGAACUACACUACCAUCAACAGAAUACACCACCAACAGAAUAACUACACCAUCAACAGAAUAACUACACCACCACCAACAGAAGAACUACACCACCACCAGCACAGUCACUCCGGCAAUCACUCCACACAACCAAUCCUGAACCAGCACGACCACAACCGAUCAACAAGAUGUCACCAUAACUAACCCAACAGCCGCUCCACCACAAACAAUUACGUUCCUACGUUAUUGCGAGACUGUACAACCGACAUCCAGCUAUACGUCACUCAACUAACGAACAAGUUGCAUAUAACACUACAACCACCACCACUACCACCAGGGCAUCUACCACAACCUCCAUCACUACCGUACACUAGCCUAACAACUCCCCCCCAGGUAUAACCAAGUGGAAUAAAACAUCAAAAAGCCGUCAAUCCACAGCCAUACACCCACCACCAAUAACUUUAAGAUUAUUCCACCACUACCAUCCUCUCAACCACACCAGACCCCCACCAACCACACCCCCCAACGCCACCACAAACUGUCCCAUGUUAGACUACCCACUUCACUUCCUUGGACGGAACAGCACAGUGUCGUGGGGGGACAGCAGCGCCUCCUUGGCUGUGGUGAUGGUGGCCCUGGCAGUGCUGCUCUUCACCUGCUGUGCUGCCGCUGCACUCUUCCUGGUGGCCUGCUGUGGCAGCCGCAGGAGGGACGCCGUUGCAGAGACGGGCGAUUCACGCUGGCUGCCAGGAAUUGGUCUCAUCGACUACGUUCCCGUAUCCGACAGGUCGUCCGUGCGGGUGUCCCUCCUCUUCUCCGAGAGCAGUCAGGGCUCAGAGCUCCAGGAGGAUCUCAAUACACCUUCUCCCGAGGCUCUGAUUCCUGUACACCUGACAUCUCCAACACCUGUACACCUGACAUCUCCAACACCUGCGGCAACGACACCCUCAGCGUUCGUGAAUUCUUGCGGGAACAGAAGCCAACUUCCCGCCCAGAAGGCAAGUUCCGUGACUAUCUCUGCCGCUGUAAAAACGUAUCCGCUGCGACAGUCUUCAAGACAGAGGCCUCGCUCGCUUCCAGCUUCUCCAACAAAGUCCUUGUUUUCUUUCGCAAUGUUGUCACAGGAGACAACAUAUCCGGUACUUGUUUCUUUCAACUGCGACCAGGUGUCCAGACCCACACAGACACAGUGGUCCACUGCUUCACUCUCAAGAUCAGCGUCGCUUUCCCUGCCGUCCAUUAUCUCAUUAGCCGUUACAAGAGCUCCUUUAACACCAACUGUAGCCAGAACAGAAGCAGCCCCAUCAUCACCUCCACUUAAUGCAACAGCAGCAACAUUGUCCAUUGUAACGUGGCCUCCCUUUCCCCCUUCACCAGCUCCGGUCUCACUUGCAGCAGCGAGAGAAACUGUCCAUGCUUGUAGCAACUUAGCGGCCUGUACACUCAGUAGCUUAAAAGGUGAAAAUAUGGAAAGCCCUCGUGUAUUGGUAAAGACGUGACAAUGUGUACUAGUGCAUCCAUGAAUGCCUCCAGGUGGCUGGCCUGAGGUUGUGACCAUCUAUCACAACCAGUUGUGGAGAGUUGUGGAAUUUGGGUUCUGGGUCUUUUCCCAGGUCAGAGGUGUGAGGGUCGUGGCACUCAUGUUCCCACCUCGACACUCAGAUUGCCACAGUUGAUUAAAAUUCAUCAAAUUUUGUACGCACAGUUUUAUAUGAAACAAAAUAUUUGUUUACAUAACUAAAAAAAAAAAAGAACUGAUAAUCUGAAUUAACAUAUGCCUAGUCUUCCUUCAGUUCAGUGCAGCAUAUGCCCUCCACGCGGACAUAAGUGAUGAUUUCAAAGUUUAACAAAUUGUUCUCUAAGCUUUAAAUUUGCAAGAAUUCUGACUCUCGCCUUACGUCAUUGUGUCUUAGAUAUUAUGAAUCAUUUGGGGGGCCUGAGAUGUGGGGCAUUUACUCCACACUAAGCUAGGAUAGUUACCCCAGUCGUCUCACAACCAGUUGGUCCCGAGACAGAUUCUUAAGCAAGUUUCCUUACACCUGAUGCCUCUGUUUACCUGCCAGUAUAAUAGGUACAGGGGAGUUAGUCAAUUGUUAUGGACUGUGGCCUGAAGAAGUCCAUAACGUCCUGAAGUCUUUGACCUGCGCACACCUUACUAGAAAAUGGUAGAUUGUUGUUGUUGGUUAAGAUUCAACUACCCUGAACAAAAAGUUCCAAGUAGCACGGGCUAUGGUGAGCCCGCAGUGAACUGUUAAAUAGUAGCGGCUAGCGAAAGUGACAAACUGUCCCGUUUUCUGUUCGCGGGUCAUCUGGUAGGUUAGACCCCAUACUAAACUAGUAAGUCACUUAGUACGACAGUGUCUUGACGUUAUGAACUCUCAAAAAUAACGAUCUGGAUAACCACAACAGGCUCCAUAUCCCCAAAGAAGAAUCCAUACAUGAGUAUUUCAUGUAUAACUAUUAGUACUCACAAUAGUUGAUGUUGAGUAUUUAGAUCGUUACGCAGGUUCGUAUUUUGUCAAGUUGAGAUGUAUAAUAUAGCUGACAUUUCAAGUCUGGCAUCAGCUGUGCCUUGGCGGGUCUCUGAGCCCUGAGGGAAUAUAGUGUCGUGUGUCAUGUCACAAGACCUGAGGCUGCAUGUCACCCCUCACUGUAUCAUACAUAACACUUAACUCAUCUCAAGAUGAGUUACAUUUAUAACUAACUCCCUUUAUGAACCCGUUACCAUGGUGACCCUCAUGAAGCAGUUACCAUGGUAACACUAAUCAGUUAGAGUUACCACCCUCACUCUCAAGAGUGUUACCAUAGUGACACUCAUGAAGCAGUUACUAUGGCAACCUUCAUAAACAGAGUUACCAAGGGGGACCUCCAGUGCAUCAGGAGAACAUCUGAAACACAAGUCAUAUUUACAGACAUACAAACAUUUAAUAAAAGUUUUAACUAUAAACUACUGUAUGUAAUUUGUAAGUAAACACAAUUGUGCUGUGAUAUCAACUGGAUCUAAUUGACCUAAUAAUAAAUUGUGAUUAACUUAUAGAAUUGCUUAUCACAAUUAGCAAGUCUAAUCACUUAGCUUUCAAUUGUGAGAAGGAAUAGCUUAUUCCUUCUCAAACACAUAAUUGAUAAAGCACGUGAUUGAUGUAUAUUUGACAUGAACAAUAAAUUUUGUUUCCCAUAUGAACAAGAAAAUUGUUCACAGGAGUCCAAGUGGUUCUCAGGUGUCUUAGGAGUUAGUAAAUGCGUUAUUCUCCUCUCUCUCUCUGCGUGUCUUUAAUAGGUUGUGUUCUAAUAAAUAAGAUGAGUUGU